AGCAGCUGGCUAACAACUUCCCAGGUCAGCUUGUACAUGCGAAAAGUGACAGCGGCAACGCUAGCAGUAGCUAAACAGCUGAGAUUACAUUGACUUCUGUUCAUAAACGUAGCUUGUCAACUUUAUACACUAACUCAAUAUCUAUAAACACGUUUUAAUUCAUCUAAGAUGGUGUUUUACUUCAAAAGUGCCGUUGUGAACCCUCCCUACACUAUCUACAUGGGGAAGGACAAGUAUGAAAAUGAGGAUCUAAUCAAGUAUGGAUGGCCUGAAGACAUCUGGUUUCAUGUGGACAAACUGUCCUCGGCUCACGUUUAUCUGAGACUGCCAAAGGGUCACACCAUCAAUGACAUCCCUCCAGAGGUGCUGAUAGACUGCGCACAGCUGGUGAAAAACAAUAGCAUUCAAGGCUGUAAGAUGAACAACAUUAAUGUGGUUUACACACCGUGGGCCAACCUGAAGAAAACUGGAGACAUGGACGUGGGUCAGAUCGGCUUCCAUCGACAGAAAGAGGUGAAGCUCGUAGCAGUGGAGAAGAAGAUCAACGAGAUGGUAAACCGCCUGGAGAAAACGAAAGAUGAACGCUACCCCGACCUGGCGGCGGAGAAAGAGUCGAGAGACCGAGAGGAGAGGAACGAGAAGAAAGCUGAGCUCCAAGAUCAGAAGAAACGAGAGAAGGAUGAGCAGAAAAGGAGAAAAGAGAUGGACGAGCUGAAGAGCUAUACUUCACUGAUGAAGGAUGAAAAUAUGCAGACUAAUGAGGAUGGGAACGAUUCAGACGACUUCAUGUGAGAGGUGAGGACCAGGCGGCGAGCAGACACAAUCCUCCUCCGACUCUCAGACCUGCUGUGGGGGGGCGGGCGGGCGGGUGCUCCCCUGCUGCUUCUGCUUGCUGCUACAGUGCAUUGACAUUGGGGGGGAAAAAACAAAAAAUUUGAAAAAAGACAAACGGAUACUGUUUCUUUUUGCUUUUUGGACACUCGGGGAGCAGAAAGCUAGCCAAUGAGCUGACAGAGCUGGGACUAUUCCUCACUGCUGAUUGGUUCAGACGCUGCUACCGAACCAAAACCGAGCCGGCUUGCCUCACAACAUCGACGGGUGAUUCUGGAGGAGCAACACGAGACAACGGGAACACUGAGGAUUAUUUUAAGGGGGGAGAAACACUCAGAUAGCAGAAGGUUUAGAGUGAUGAUGAUGUAAAACAAGUGUGUGUAUGGGUGCAUUUGUUUAAAAAAAAUCCUCUGUAGCAGUAUUUUUUUUGAGGCUGCUAACAUUUCUGUUCACUUUUCUCCAUGUGUCUGUUAUUUUGCAUGUCAGAUUUUAUUCAAUAAAAUCCAGUUGAGCUAAACUACAACUGCAACAAUUA